AUGGCCAACCCUCAAGACCAAGAUCCCAAAGUCAUGAAAGUCGAAGAUGCGUUGCAUCCAAUGACAAAGAAGACAUUCGAUCUUGGUAGUUUGAAGUUAAUCAAAGGCUUCCCCAGCUGUCCGGGAUCAGCCCAGAGGCCGUUGGCAGGAAGCGUUCCCGGGUCAUGCAGCUGCUGCUCCAGUCAGCGGAAUUGGCACCAAGGCAACCUUGCAACUGACUUCCGGUCUACCCUUGUCUUCAAAACUAAGUUUUCGAGUGAUGAGACCAUCAUCGAGGUCCACUAUUGUUCUGAAGAUGAAGAUGAGCCGGCGGCUAGAGCCACCACAUACAAGGUCCGCGUCCUAUACAUGAAGAGUUUAAGUAUUAGCGAAUUGACUAACUACCUGAACUUCACAGAUCUUGGCCAGUCAUUUGUAGGCAAGCAGGAGUUGAUGCAGGCUCUGAAUAUCUUUCUGAACCACUACGCUAAAUCCGCGGACAACCUUGCCACCAUUGGAUUGACAAAGAGCUUUUCCCUCCACCAGAACGCAGCAAGAGGAGAUCUCAGUUCUGGCUUGAAAGUCAUUCAGGGCUUCUUUUUGAGCGUGCGCAUUGCGACUUGUCACAUCCUGGUCAACAUCAAUAUCAGCCAUGGGGCUUUCUAUCACACUGGCCCUUUACCGGCACUCAUGAGCAGUUACAGUGUUUGGAACACCGUAGCGCUGGAAAAAUUUCUCAAAUUGGUUCAAGUCCAAACCACGCAUCUGCCCGAGAAGCGCAACAGAGCCAAUGAGAUAAUUCCCAGAGUUAAGACUAUCUUUGGACUUGCUAGGAUGGAUGAUGGAUUAGGCAUGGCCCACCCACCUUGUGUUAGACAGCAUGGGGCAGGCGCCAAAGAUGUCGAGUUCUGGCUUGACGGUGAAGCUAGCUCCCCUGGUGCACUCAAGGCGGAAGCCAAGGGACAAGGGCAACGAGACGGCUGA